CGGUGAACUUUUUUUACGACCAUUUCCGGAGAAUGCCCGACGCUUCUCCGCCUCAGCCGUCAAUAAACCGUCACAACCCACUGAGUCACGCCACCGAGUCAUUUUCUGCCACUGUCUGUGAAAAUGGCGGCAUGGAAGUCGUGGAUUGUGGCGGAGAAAGCACGAAGAUGCUUCCGGACCAUGUUCUUUGUGGCAGCAAUGAUGGCCUCUCUGUUAGCUUCCUCGUUACCGGUUCUGAUCACGGUCUCUCUUGGUUAUGUGAAGACACAAGAUUAGCGUAUGGUCUUUAUCUUGAAACUGUGAUGUUAUCUUCCUUUGGAGGGAUACUUCUUCUUUUGGUUAAAACUUGUGUUUUCUCUGUGAAUUCUCAUCUUGAAGAGGCUAAGGUCCAUUACCUCAAGAUCUCAUGGGGAAUGCCGGUUUUGUUACUAUCUUCCGCGGUUUUCGGUCUAGCUCAUGUCGUGGUAGCUUAUCGAAAAAGCGGUGGAGCAAGAAGGAAGCUAAUGUACCACAAGAUUGACCAAGAAGCUGUUCUCUCAUGUAAAUCCGGUUUCUCGGGUUACAAGAAGGCUCAUCGUCAAUCUUUCACUAGAUCAAACUGCAAAAUCUUAACCUAUGCUGGUGAAUUCAGACAAAACUCUUUCAGGAGAACAUCUUUCGAUAGAGAAGAGCUACUACAACCAAGACUACUCGCAAAUGCAGACAGUUUAUUCAUCAAGAUUCAAGGCUUAAAUGUCCAUUACAAGCAGUGUACCUCACCGUCUGUAUCUUCCUUCAUUAUUGUAAGCGAUUCUGCAGCGGAUAUGAAUGCGAGAAGAUCAAGACUGUUAGACAAGCAGAUGUCAAACGUAAUCUCCCAAACUCAAAGCAGUCAUUUGCAUAGAAGCUACACUAUUCAGCCCGAUAGAUCAUCGUUAUAUGAUCCUCUGUUAGCUAGUUACCAAACUACACCCAUUAGCUUGUUUGGUAAGGAUGAUGUGAAUCAAAUAAAUUCUAUGAAUCUUGGGGAUGAUUUGGAGAAAGAUGAGAAUACUGGUAUAGUUCUAGUUCAUGGAUUUGGUGGAGGAGUCUUCUCAUGGAGGCAUGUAAUGGGAGAAUUAUCUCAUCAGCUCGGUUGCAGAGUCGUUGCAUAUGACCGGCCUGGUUGGGGGUUAACCUCUAGGCUUAUCAGGAAAGAUUGGGAGAAGAGAAAUCUAGCUAACCCUUACAAGCUUGAGAGCCAGGUUGAUCUACUACUUUCAUUUUGUUCUGAGAUGGGGUUUUCUUCGGUGAUACUCGUUGGCCACGACGAUGGUGGUUUGCUUGCUCUCAAGGCCGUCGAAAGAAUGCAAGCAUCUACCUCUAAAUACAAUAUCACAAUCAAAGGGGUGGUUUUGAUAAACGUUAGCUUAUCUAGAGAAGUAGUUCCUGCCUUUGCAAGGAUACUUCUUCAUACUUCACUCAGGAAGAAGCACUUGGUCCGUCCUUUGUUGCGAACCGAGAUAACCCAAUUGGUGAACCGGCGUGCAUGGUGUGACACCACCAAACUAACCACUGAUGUCACAAUGCUCUAUAAGGCUCCUCUAUGUUUAGAAGCUUGGGAUGAAGCACUCAAUGAGAUAAGCAAGUUAUCAUAUGAGAUGAUACUAUCACCUCAAAAUGCAUCAGCUCUGUUAAAAUCUAUAGGAGAUCUUCCAGUCUUAGUUGUUGCUGGAGCUGAAGAUGCUCUUGUUCCUUUAAAAUCCUCACAAGUUCUGGCUUCGAAACUCACCAAUUCUAGACUCAUAGAGAUCUCUGGUUGCGGCCAUCUGCCACAUGAGGAGUGUCCUACAACACUUGUUUCCGCUCUCGGUUCCUUCAUUUGCAGACUGAUACCAAAACAACCAGACUCCUAAAACCACAUAAGACCAUCUCAAGGAAAGAGUUUGAUGAAACAUCAGCAAGAUAUCAGCUCUCUACACAAGAAUAUGAUUUUUCGUGGUUCCAUUCAUCAGUAUAUUCUUAAAGGGAUCAAAACUCCAACCAGAUUUGCUACAAAUUGGAGCCUUCGACUGUCAACUAGGCCAAGUGAAUAUUAUCAGCCUGAUUUUCUCAAACACAAACCUGUGAUUUCUCUUAUGUAUGAUGUAUAUAUGAUUUCUAUUCAGAGAAAAUACAAAUCCGUACCAAUG